GUGCGCGGUGACUGGCGGCGGCCCUGGCGGCAGCUGGCGGCUUCCGAGUGCCGGUCGCGGGCUUGGAGGAGUUCCGAGGGGACGGCGAGCAGCGCGGGAGCGGGCCGGGGGCUUGUGACCGACCAUGCCGACGGUGGAGGAGCUUUACCGCAACUACGGCAUCCUGGCCGACGCCACGGAGCAAGUGGGCCAGCAUAAAGAUGCUUACCAAGUGAUAUUGGAUGGUGUGAAAGGUGGUACCAAGGAGAAACGAUUAGCAGCUCAGUUUAUUCCAAAAUUCUUCAAGCAUUUUCCAGAAUUGGCUGACUCUGCUAUCAAUGCGCAGUUAGACCUCUGUGAGGAUGAAGACGUUUCCAUUCGAAGACAGGCCAUUAAAGAGCUGCCUCAGUUUGCCACUGGAGAGAACCUUCCCCGGGUGGCAGAUAUACUGACCCAACUUUUGCAGACAGAUGACUCUGCAGAAUUUAACUUAGUGAAUAAUGCCCUGCUAAGCAUAUUUAAGAUGGAUGCCAAAGGGACGUUAGGUGGUUUAUUCAGCCAAAUACUUCAAGGUGAAGACAUUGUUAGAGAACGAGCAAUUAAGUUCCUUUCAACGAAACUUAAGACUUUACCGGAUGAAGUCCUGACAAAGGAGGUAGAGGAGCUUGUACUAACUGAAUCCAAAAAGGUCCUAGAAGAUGUAACUGGUGAAGAAUUUGUUCUCUUCAUGAAGAUACUGUCUGGGUUAAAGAGCCUGCAGACAGUGAGUGGCAGGCAGCAGCUUGUGGAGUUGGUUGCUGAGCAGGCUGACCUGGAGCAGACCUUCAACCCGUCGGACCCAGACUGCGUGGACAGACUCUUACAGUGCACGCGGCAGGCAGUGCCCCUCUUCUCGAAAAAUGUCCACUCUACAAGGUUCGUGACUUAUUUCUGUGAGCAGGUUCUUCCUAACCUCAGUACCCUAACUACUCCAGUGGAAGGUCUUGAUAUACAGUUGGAGGUGUUGAAAUUGUUGGCGGAGAUGAGUUCAUUUUGUGGUGACAUGGAGAAGCUGGAAACAAAUUUAAGGAAACUCUUUGAUAAAUUAUUGGAGUACAUGCCUCUGCCUCCCGAAGAAGCUGAAAAUGGGGAGAAUGCUGGAAAUGAAGAACCUAAGUUGCAGUUUAGUUACGUGGAGUGCUUGUUGUACAGUUUCCACCAACUGGGCCGAAAACUUCCAGAUUUCCUAACAGCUAAACUGAAUGCAGAAAAACUCAAAGAUUUCAAAAUCAGGCUGCAGUACUUUGCACGGGGUCUGCAGGUUUACAUCAGACAGCUUCGUCUGGCUCUCCAGGGAAAAACAGGCGACGCCUUAAAAACAGAAGAGAACAAGAUUAAAGUCGUGGCAUUAAAAAUAACCAACAAUAUUAAUGUUUUAAUCAAGGAUCUCUUCCAUAUUCCUCCUUCCUAUAAGAGCACAGUGACGUUAUCCUGGAAACCGGUACAGAAGGUUGAGCUUGGGCAGAAGAGAGCCACUGAAGAUAGAACUUCAGGUUCCCCACCCAAGAAGUCUGCAGCAGGACCAAAAAGGGAUGCCAGACAGAUCUAUAAUCCUCCCAGUGGGAAAUACAGCAGCAAUUUGAGCAAUUUUAAUUAUGAGCAGAGAGGAGCCUUCAGGGGAAGUAGAGGUGGCCGAGGUUGGGGAGCACGAGGAAAUCGUAGUCGGGGAAGACUCUACUGAGAAAGACAUCACAUUCUUCAGCAUUGUCAUGAGCAUAAUAUACUAAAUUCUACUGUUCUAUGGAUUGCCGGGGAUGUCCCUUUAAAGGACUGCUGCCUUCAGCUAAAAACUUACUGUUCUUUAUACCUUUGUAUGUAUGAUCUACUUUUGUAAUAGACCAUGGUUGUGUCCAAGGUAAAACCACAGCGAUAUUUUUGGAUGCUUUGUCUGCAAUCUUGGAUUGUUUUUGCAAUACAUUAUUCAAACUUCACUAUUGUGAAUCUUUUAAAUGUCUCGAUAAUUUGUUAUUAAAAGCUGUUCAAGACUAAAAUGUAAAGAGAUUCAGUCUAGUUCUGCUGUCUUGUAAAGAUCUUCAGUUUUGAUGAUUUUCCUCUCCCCUCUUGGUUUUUUGCUCAACAUAUGGAGAAAAGUAACUGUCAAUCUUAACAUUUUAUUUUCAUUAUUUUUUAAGAAGCUGCAAUCCAGUGGUGCAGCAUUCAAGAUACUUACCAGCUUUCUUAAAAUGUGGAACUGACUUUACAUUUUUAGGAGGAAGUAAGUUGCUUUGCACUGCUUACCUAACUUUUCUCCAUAUAUUGUGAUACAAACUUUUGAAUAUGGGAUCUUACUCUUUGAAUGUGUAUGUAUAAUAUACAUACGUAGGUAUAUAUGUGUGAGUAUGUGUGUGUGUAUAUAUAUAUGCAUAUAUAUAUAUAUGCAUGCUGUGAAACUUGACUAUACAACCUAAAUCAUUUUUUAAAAUUCCAGGAAUGGGUUGUCUUUGACACAAUGAUUAUCCUUUUGAGGUUGAAUUCAUUAAUGACUUAUCACCUAGGAUUUUAUU